GUCGACUCUUUGCCUAAGCUCAGCUGUACAGUCAGUGUGCUCGGUGUGAAUGAAAGAAGGGGCGCAGGCAGAGUGGGCAGGCUUCAGUAAUGCAGAGGAGAGUAAAAUGGCAGAGCUACAAAUGCUGUUAGAGGAAGAAAUUCCGGCUGGGAAGAGAGCUUUACUCGAGAGCUACCAGAAUCUGUCCAGAGUCGCGGAAUACUGCGAGAAUAAUUAUGUGCAGGCUCAGGAUAAGAAGAAGGCCUUGGAGGAGACUAAAGCGUACACCACGCAGUCUCUGGCCAGCGUGGCGUAUCAGAUCAACGCUCUGGCCAACAACGUCCUGCAGCUGCUGGACAUCCAGGCGUCUCAGCUGCGUCGCAUGGAGUCCUCCGUCAAUCACAUCUCACAGACAGUGGACAUCCACAAAGAAAAGGUGGCACGGCGAGAGAUCGGGAUUUUGACCACCAACAAAAACACAUCGCGGACGCACAAAAUCAUCGCCCCCGGAAACAUGGAGCGUCCGGUGCGCUACAUCAGGAAGCCCAUCGACUACACGCUGCUGGACGACGUGGGGCACGGGGUCAAGUGGCUAAAAGCGAAGCAAGGGAACAGUCAGCCUGCUAGAUCCGGGGGCGGGACUUUAUCCAGGUCCAAUCCGCCCACGCAGAAGCCACCGAGUCCACCCAUGGCAGGGCGGGGCACCCUGGGGAGAAACACACCCUAUAAGACUUUAGAGCCAGUGAAACCUCCUGUGGUACCGAAUGACUACAUGACGAGUCCAGCGAGGCUCGGAGGUCAGAGCAGCCCAGGACGCACAGCAUCGGUCAACCAGAGACCUCGAACACACAGUGGAAGCAGUGGUGGUAGCGGUGGACGGGAGAACAGCGGGAACAGCGUGGGAAUUCCUCUGGCUGUUCCAACACCCUCUCCUCCUAGCAUGGCUCCAGUGGUACCACCAGGUCCAGGUCUGGGUCCUGUCCCCAUGUCUCAAUUUGGCACAAUUUCUCGUCAGAUCUCGAGGCACAGCUCCUCCAGCGCCUCGUCCUCUGCCUCCAUGGUGUCGGCGACCGGCACGUACCGCCGCGCCCCGUCCAGCGCGUCCCAGUUCUCUGUGCCUCAGUCGCACCAUAAUGGUGGUCCCACUUACCCCCAGAACCCGGCUCCGGUCUCAGUCGCACCGCCGCCUCCUCCUGUGGCACAGCUCACACCCCAGAUUCCUCUCACUGGAUUUGUGGCCCGGGUUCAGGAGAACAUUUCAGACAGCCCCUCCCCUCCUCCGCCUCCGCUCCCCGAAGACACACCCAUGUUCGAGGAAGCGGCUCCACCCCCUCCCCCGCCCCCUGUGGACUACGAGGAAGAGGACGCUGCGCUAGUACACUACAACGACCCCUACGCAGACGGAGACCCCCACUGGGCCCCUAAGUCGUACAUAGAGAAGGUGGUUGCCAUUUACGACUACACCAAGGACAAGGAUGAUGAGCUGUCCUUCAUGGAAGGCGCCAUCAUAUACAUCAUCAAGAAAAAUGACGACGGCUGGUUCGAGGGCGUGUGCAACGGCGUGACCGGACUGUUUCCCGGCAACUAUGUGGAGUCCAUCAUGCACUACGCUGACUAGCGCUAACUCGCGAAUGUUUUCACCUGACCUAUUUACGUAUUUAUGAUGUGCAGUGUAUUGAGGAAAUGUCCGGUUCUGCCUGACUCGGGUUUUUUGUACAUACGGUACUGUAUGAAACCUGUCGGUUGUGACUAGUGCGUGUUAUUGUGCGUGUUUCUUCGGCGUAGAAAAAACAAACAAACAAAAAAAAAACGGUGUUAGUUUUUCUUUUAACAUACUGCCCAACUCUUCCUUGGCUUCAGGGAAGACGUGGUUGAAUGUCGUGAUUUACAGUACGAUCUGGCUGAUGACCCCAGGUCAAUCGAAUUCCAUUUUGCCUGCAGUGUUAGCCUACGUUGCAUUUUAAUUCCAUGUACGUCGCUAUUGUGAUGCUGUUGCCUUAACAUUUCAUAGCUAUACCCUUCAUUUUGCUACCUUCAGACUGGGGUUCCAUGUAGCUGCCUUGACAACGAGCGCCCAGUACUUCAUCUGUUCUGUAACUGCCUGCUAAUGUAACUUCGUUCCUUUACUGCGCUAGCUAUUUAGCAAAGUAUGUCACUGGACAGCAAAGCUAACUUACCCAGGAUCAAUCAUUUUCCAAGAAUAUUUGUUCAAGCUCAACAGUUCUGUUCAGGCUCUCGGUGGAGAUCAGUUCAAUUGAAGCUAGAUUUUCAGCAUGAGACAUUUUGUUGUAUGAAACGUUCCCAACGAAUUCAUUUAACUCACUAAUAACCUUUUACAAUCCAGGGAUUAUAUGACAUGACGUUCCAAUGAGUUUACAGAUCUUGCAGGCGUAGAAAUACAGUUAGAAAGCUAGCUAAAUAGGUCAAACAUUUUGCUAGGAGCUAACCUUCAGCAACUCUGUCACUAGAUUUAUGUUGUGCUUAGUCACUUAAAUGUUCAAUGUUUCUGUUCAACCUUACCAUAUGGCUAAUUCAACCAGACAAGAAGUUCAAAAGUGGCAUUGUUCGUUUAGGAGACGUGUUAUUUAUCCCACCCUUCAAAAACAUGGAAGUAUUCAGAAGUAUAGUGUUCGUUCUGCAGGGCAGAUUCUGCUAAUCUUUAUCUCUCAGUAACAAUCAUCCCAAAUAUUUAUUACUCGUGUUGCCUCAUUUGCACCUGGGUGAAAACAGAAACCUGACUAAUUGUUUACACAAAUCUAACAGUCUAAUGUUAGCUAGGUUUUCAAACGACCCUGGCUAACGGUUUACACAAUGAAGUAGCUAGUGUGCCGUUAGCUAACUUGACAGGAUAGUCUCGUGUUAGCUAGCGUGCUAGCGACUUUGACUACUGGUUUACACGGUGUAAUAAUUAGCCAGAUGUUAGCUACUUUACACCAUUAGCUAGCUAGCUAGCUUGCCGUUGUUUGUUGGUGCAUCAUACGGCGGUUAGCUUUUCGCUAGCUCGUGAAGUUUAAUAGCUAAGGGCUGGUGUAUGCUAAGCUAAUAAUGAUGUGUGGUAAAAAUCUGGUCUCACUCGGGUGCGAAUAGUUUUUAUUUAGUUAUAAGGAAGCACAGCAUGAUUUUGUAGAUUGUCACUGAAAUGUCUUUUGAAAACCGAUGUGUUUGGUUUUUAUAUUAAUUUAAUUGGUAAGAAAUAUCCGCGAGGAUGUGAUUGACUCGGUGCUGUGUGAAACACCACCACACGGUGUCAGCGACUCAUCACCUCCGCGAUUAGCUUCUCUCUCAUCACAUUGUACAUAAAUAAAACCUGUUUUUUUUCUUUUCUCAGUUGAUGUACAGCGGUUUUUAUAAUAAAGUACUGUCCGGUA